CCCCUACAGAACCCAAAAAGAAAGAAAAUCAAAGUUCCACAAGAAAAUGAAUCACUCUGACAACAGUGACCACCCUCAGCUUCCAUCCAUCAAGAUCCGUCAUCCCUCCUCCCCUCACCACCCCUCCUCCGCCGCUACCCCUACUCCUACCGCUGGCGCCCGCCGUAAGAUCGGUGUAGCCGUCGACCUCUCCGACGAAUCAGCUUUCGCCGUCCGUUGGGCUGUCCAAAACUACCUCCGACCCGGUGACGCCGUCAUCGUUCUCCACGUCUCACCUACCUCCGUACUCUAUGGAGCCGACUGGGGCCCACUCCCCCACACCCCACAAAACGCGGAAACCCCGGAGUCCCAGAAGCAAAUAGAAGACGAAUUCGAUGCCUUCACGGCUUCAAAAGUGGCGGAUUUGGCCAGACCCUUGAAAGAAUCCGGGGUUCCCUUUAAGAUUCACAUAGUGAAAGAUCAUGAUAUGAGGGAAAGGUUGUGCCUUGAAGUGGAGAGGUUAGGGUUGAGCGCCGUUAUAAUGGGGAGUAGAGGGUUUGGAGCCGAGAAAAGAGGGAGUGAUGGGAAGUUGGGCAGUGUUAGUGAUUAUUGUGUCCAUCACUGUGUUUGCCCUGUUGUUGUUGUUAGGUACCCUGAUGAUAAAGAUGGCGGGAGUGGUGAGCCUGUGGUUACCAUUAAGGAGGCCGGGGUAGAGGAGGAAGCUUCCAAAGCAGAUGCUUAGCAAGUCCUUGGUAAUUGCAGCAGCUUUAUUGCAUCAGUAGCAGCAUAGUAGAAGGCUCCCAGUUGUGAAGAGAACUCAGGUAAAGUGGAUUGUAGGGUUCUCAUUCUACUGGGGUAUAUCCUCUUUGUAUAAACUCGGUUGUUGAGGUUCUUGGUUUCAUUUUUAUGGCACUGUGAGGAGAUAUUGUUGUACUAUACUAUGAUAUAAAUAUAAAGAUAAAUCCAGUGUCAACAUUUGAAUUUUAGCA